CUUAUCCCGUCCAGCCAGCCCGCAUCGCUCCGGGGAGUAGGUUAUAUCAGCUGGCCCACCGGGCGCGUCCACCGGGGGUUAUGCCUUGCCCCGGACUUCCACGGCCGGCACAGCGCUAGCGAGUCUGCUCCCUUAGAUGCCCGAGCGGCGUCGCUCAGACUCGCCGGAAUGGACGGACGCGGACGCGUACGUCGGCGACGAUGACGACGAGUUCUUCCGCGAGCUCGACGGGCGACGCUUCAACGCGAUGGUGCCCCGAUACCUGCUCCCGGCGGACGAGGACGAGAUCCGACGUUAUGAGCUUUUUCAUCGGAUGUUCCAAUUCGUGGCGGACGCGAACUAUGUCGGGCCAGUGAGGGAGGUGCUUGUCGACUCGACUGCGAGUCGACGCAAGCGCGUGCUGGACGUUGGAACCGGGAGCGGCCAAUGGGCAAUCGAAAUGGCGGAUGAGUUCCCGAAGGUCGAUGUGGUAGGAUGCGACUGUGCACCUAUCCAGCCAAGAGAGGUCCCCCCAAAUUGCACAUUCGAGCUCUGCGACGUCUCGGAAGGGCUGCCCUACCCAGAUGCGUGCUUCGACCUCGUCCACGCGCGUUCCAUACACAUCGGUAUCUCCGAUUACCCCCGCUUCAUCCGCGAAGCAGCGCGCGUCCUCCGCCCGGGCGGCCUGCUCAUCCUCAUCGAGCCUGACGUGCGGCCCGACACGAUCCUCGGCAAACGCCCGCCGUCCUCGAUCGCCUUCCCGACGCCGUCGCACGGCGCGAGCGGCACGCCGGGCUGGACCGCGCUCGUGAACGCGCAACGGCGCGCGCUCGAACGGCUCGGCGUCGACCCGGACGUGCCGCACAAACUGGGACAGAUCGUCGUGCGCACCGGCGCGUUCGACAGGCCGCGCACGAUCGCGCUCGAGGCCGACUGUCCCGUCGGGUUUCACCCCAAAGAUCCCACGCUGCUGUCUAUAGGCCAGCUGGCGUGGAUGAACUACGAUCUGCUGCUGCCGGCGCUCAGGACCUACCUCGCUUCGUCCGACCUGCCCGACUGGCAGAUUGACGUCCUCAUAGAGGAUGCUCAGCGGGAUCUGUAUUAUCCCGUCGUUCGACUCUCGUGUCGAUUACAUAUCGUACAUGCAAUAAGAUCGGGUCAUCCGUAAAAAGAUGUGUUUACUCACACAGGGCUGCGUCGCCUUCUCGACUUCUGUUACUAUACAACUCCCCCCUCAUUAGGGGCUAAUCCAAUUUGCAAUCUACACUAUCGUUGUCUGAUCAUGCGGGACGUAGAUUUCAUUGCACACGACCGGGCCCUUAGCUAGCUACAGGGGAAGAGCGCGCGAUGGGAUGAUAGAGGGGGAAAAAACAGGCAACGAGGACAGCAAAUAAGUACACAUAAAGAGGAAGAUGGUAAUUGCGAGAGGAAUAUGUGCGUUGCGUUACGUGCUAUAGGGUUGGGCAUGAAAGACGAUGGACGGGCCGGGAUGGAAGAGGUUGCCUCGUCGGGCCGCCGGGGAUCGUUAAAAAAACAAGCUCGUGAUCUUGUGCCGUUCAUCGUCAAAUAUUUCCUGCAUGCCGCCCCACGCCAAGAGGUAUGUGACUUGCGGGGCUCGCCCCGAUACCCUGAAAUCUGUAAAAACCGGAGAGGAAAAAGAUGGGAGGAAGGGAGGAAUGCCGUUCAAGAAGUGUCAUGUACAGUGUUGGCAUGUACAGUUUAGACAAACUCCCAGUCGAUGGCGACCAUGCCCUCGGCCUCGGUGGCGAUCUGAGUGAAGGCACCAACGGAGAGGUCGAUCGAGUUGCUG